AUGGGUAUUAACAAAGGUGUAGAUAUCAGCGUGGUAGAAGAUAAUGUCCGCACUGCUCUCCAUGCUGCAUGUGGUACUGGACACCAUGAUGUUGUGACUCUCCUGUUAGACAAAGGUGCAGAUAUCAACGUGGUAGAUGAUAAUAGCCGCACUUUUCUCCGUGCUGCUUUUAGUAAGAGACACCAUGAUGUUGUGACUCUCCUGUUAGACAAAGGUGCAGAUAUCACGGUGGUAGAUGAUAAUGUCCGCACUGCUCUCCAUACUGCAUGUAGUAAGGGACACCAUGAUGUUGUGACUCUCCUGUUAGACAAAUGUGCAGAUAUCAACAUGGUAGAUGGUAAUGGCUGCACUGCUCUCCAUGCUGCAUGUGGUACUGAACACCAUGAUGUCGUGACUCUCCUGUUAGACAAAGGUGUAGAUAUCAGCGUGGUAGAAGAUAAUGGUGGCACUGCUCUCCAUUAUGCAUGUAGUAAGGGACACCAUGAUGUUGCGACUCUCCUGUUAGACAAAUGUGCAGAUAUCAACAUGGUAGAUGGUCAUGGCAGCAAUGCUCUCCAUGCUGUAUGUAGUAUGGGACACCAUGAUGUUGUGACUCUCCUGUUAGACAAAGGUGCAGAUACCACCGUGGUAGAUGAUAAUGGCCGUACUGCUCUUCAUACUGCAUGUGGUACUGGACACCAUGAUGUUGUGACUCUCCUGUUAGACAAAGGUGCAGAUAUCAUGGUGGUAGAUGAUAAUGGCCGCACUGCUCUCCUUACUGCAUGUGGUACUGGACACCAUGAUGUUGUGACUCUCCUGUUAGACAAAGGUGCAGAUACCACCGUGGUAGAUGAUAAUGGCCGCACUGCUCUCCUUACUGCAUGUGGUACUGGACACCAUGAUGUUGUGACUCUCCUGUUAGACAAAGGUGCAGAUAUCAACGUGGUAGAUGAUAAUGGCCGCACAACUCUCCAUUAUGCAUGUGUUAGUGGACACCACGAUGUCAUGACUCUCCUGUUAGACAAAGGUGCAGAUAUCAACAUGGUAGAUGAUAAUGGCCGCACUGCUCUCCUUACUGCAUGUGUUACUGGACACCAUGAUGUUUUGACUCUCCUGUUAGACAAAGGUGCAGAUAUCAACGUGGUAGAUGAUAAUGGCCGCACUGCUCUCCAGUAUGCAUGUAGUACUGGACACCAUGAUGUUGCGACUCUCCUGUUAGACAAAGGUGCAGAUAUCAACGUGGUAGAUGGAAAUGGCUGCACUGCUCUCCAUUAUGCAUGUGUUAGAUUACAUCAUGGCGUUGUGACUCUCCUGUUAGACAAAGGUGCAGAUAUCAAUGUGGUAGUUGGUAAAGGCCGCACUGCUCGCCAUUAUACAUGUGUAAGGGGACACCAUGAUGUUGUGACUCUUCUGUUAGACAAAGGUGCAGAUAUCAACGUGGUAGAUGAUAAUGGCUGCACUGUUCUCCAUUAUGCAUGUGUUAGAUUACAUCAUGGCGUUGUGACUCUCCUGUUAGACAAAUGUGCAGAUAUCAACAUGGUAGAUGGUAAAGGCCGCACUGCUCUCCAUGCUGCAAGUUGUACUGGACACAAUGGCGUUGUGACUCUCCUGUAAGACAAAGGUGCAGAUACCAACGUGGUAGAGGGAUAAUGGCAACACUGAUUCAUACUGCAUGAAGUAGUGGACACCAUGACGUUCGGACUCUUUGGUACACUUCGCGAAGUAAGACCUGUUUUAUUACAAUACAGGUCUUGAUUAUCAUCCGAACGUUUUGUGUGGGCGCCACCAUUUUGACACAAGGAAAGCACCAAAUUUGGGGAGAUUCCGUUUUACAAAUGUGAAAAUGGUGCACUGAGAAAGAUAAGAGAAAGUUAUGUAAUUAAAUACUUUCAAACUAUAUUAAAGGGCUUCAAAUAAUUGAAUUAUUUGAUUCAAUUAUUGUACAAUUUCCUACCACUAAAAUAACUUAUUUCUGUAUGUGUGGUACACCGGCCUGCCCCACAAAAUGUUAUGCGUCUUACUGUGACGUCACAAUAUGUUAGUUUGCACUGUGACAUGAUAUGUGGUCUUCACACCUGUGGGUAAGAAACCCGUUUUAGAUAACUGGUAUCAAACCUAUGUUUGAGAUCGAAUUCCACGCCCGUGAUUGGCUACUCCAUGGUGAUGACCUACGGUCAGAUUAUGACGGACUACUUUUCUGAUCAUAAGUCAUUGAUAAGAUACUCUCUUGUACUUACACAGGUCUGAGCACAAUGCAUUUGUAAAACAGUUUAUGUCAAAUAUGUCUACAUAUGUCUAUCUAUAUACAAAUUUGUCUGAACUACUUGUCUGAAAGAUUUCAGUGUCACCCUGAUGCUGCAUGACCCAGUUGCCAUCAUAGAACCAGACAGGUGGUCUUCUUUCACGACUGGAUUGCCGUGGAACAAAUGGCUUCACAUGUGGAUCAAGAGCCAUGUUCUGUUCCUGAUUUGUAUUUACAACAUUGACAUCAUUGGAAAUAGCUGACGCAGUAUUAUCUGUCUUCGGAAGAUGAAGUGACGGAAACAUCACAGUUUCCAUGACCACUCCCAACAGAGAAAACUUCCAUGUCCUCACAAUCACUGUUGUCCUCAUUGAGGGAUGAUCGGAUUCACUUAUCUCACGUUGACUUAGUUGACUUUGCCUUGGUUCCUGCUCAUGGGUAACUGGAAGAGACGUGUAAGGAAGCAGCAUAUUACUGUGCAAAGUUUUUGUGGGGCCUUGUCCAUCUUCUCUUUUAACAUAGGUGAAUAGCCUGUACUAUCAUGUCUAGUAGCAUUGUAUGCAUGGAUGAGUGCUGGAACAUAAAUUGUCCAAUUUUCCUUCUGGUUGUCCUCCAAAGUACCUAGCAUUUUGAGGAGAGUCUGAUUGAACCAUUCUACCAUACCAUUGCUCAUAGGAUGAUAUGGUGAGGUGCAGUCUUCACUGUACCUGCAAGCUUGCACAAAUCUCUAAUGACUUUAGAUUCAAAAUCGUGUCCUUUGUCACUAUGCACCGAGCUGGAAAUCCAUAAUAAAGGGAAAAAAUCCAACAAUGCCUUUGCUGUUGUGUUAGCAGUCUGGUUUCUGGUAGGGAUAGCCUGUGCAAACCUAGUAAAAUGAUCAGUGAUAACUAGGAUAUUACCACAGCCCGUAGCUUCCUCUAUCUAGUGAGAGAUAAUCUAUACAAACCAACUCCAUUGGUUAACAAGUGGUCACAUUAACUAAUGGAGCAGAAACUUGGUUUGGAUAUUUUUUUCUUCUGAUGAAUCUGCCACAACAUACCUUUCUAUCCACAUCACUGGUUAAACCAGGCCAAUAGAAUCGUGAUUGUGCUAAAUCCAAUGUUCUAUCGCAUCCUUGGUGUCCCAUAUCAUCAUUCAGUGCAUCAAGAACAAGUUUUUGCCAUUGUUUUGGUAAGACAAGCUGAUCUCCUAAACUGGUUUGAUACCACCUCUUCCUGUCGAGAACACCAUCUCUCAAAACAAACUUGGACCAUUGUCCCAAGAGUUAAUGCACACAAUCAGUCGCCUUUCUGAGGUUUUCUCUCAUUCAAAACAAAACCUGCUACCCUAGCUGUAUCAGGAUCCAUUCAGUACAUGUGAAUGGACAUAUUGUUAAUGGACCCGUUAACAGAGUAUAUGUGGAUGCUAUUAGAUAUGGUUUGUUUGUGACGGUAUUUCAGAUACAUUUUAGAUUUGGCCUUCUUGUCCAGAGGUCUCAAAGUAUAAGAUAUACCAGUGCCAAACAUGAAUGAUAUCUGCUCAGAAGUUACAGCCAACGGAUGUUGCUAUUUACACUUGAAUCUGCGUACAUUUGACACCGAUAUUGGAUUUAACAAGGUUUAUACGUUAUAAGAUGUGUUAUGGCGGUGCCAUUUAACACGGAGUAUGUAUGCUUUGUUCACAGGUAUCUUCAUAGACUGACUUUAAUAUUUUUAUUUGAAGUUGAUUGUUCUAUCACUUAGCUCAAGAUACAUUUGUUUGUCAUGAAACGUACACUCAGUACACAUAAUUAUUGUUUAAUACCACACUCUAUUGUGAUAACUGCUUAUUUUGUAGAAACGGUAAAUGUUCUAUAUUACUUUGUACUGUAUAUGUAAAACUUAAAGUCAUAAUUCUUGUUGUAAAUGUUAAUUGAUGAAACACCCAUAUUGCACAAUGUGUCUUACAAAAAAAUGUACACCUGGCUAUCUGCUUUCGUUUUGUUGAAAACAUUUAAAACCUUGCAAUUGACUGAUCCAUCUACUGGGUGAGGACAACAAUGGUGGCUCCCGCACAGCGAACAGUUUACUGUUGAACGAAAUCCGGAUCUCUGAUUCGACAUAAUAUUUUGCCACCUUUCCGGGGUACAAUACAUGUGGUAAAUCAUUAGAUCAUGUUUACUGUGUGAUAUACGUUUGCCUUUGAUGCGUUUGCUUUAAAAGAGUACCGAUGUGUAGAGCUGACAAGUCCUGUAGCAUCCACAAGAACCAUGUGACUGGCGGCUCCAGGCCUCGCCUUUGUCCCCACUAGGUUUUACGGGCCACAGUUUCCACAGAGGAAGUUGUUAUAUGUGUAUGUUUGAAUGUGGAGUGUAUACUUACAUCUGUUGAUCAGUAUAUUAGGUGCACUUCAACUUGACUUGAGGUACGGGGCUUUAAGUUGAGUGAAUUGCUUGUUGUGUAAUUGAAUGUACAGCUUGUGAUCUGAUUGAUUCAAGGGAGUGGCUUUUGUGUUUCAGGGAAAGUAGGGAGGUUUUCGGCAAAGCAUUUUAAAACACGUGUGGUUGUGGUAGAAGGGCAGCGGUGUUUGUAAUUUGGUGGUGAAACAGCCCUACUUGCCUCCUCCAGUUGUAUCUAUGCUGUUACUCUCUGUGUACAAAUUGUGCCCAUGUCCAUGUUCAAUAAUACCAUAUUGCUUUGCCGACAUUAUUGCUAGGAUGCCCUUUGUUAUUGAUUAUGUAAGCCGGUGUUGUGGGAAAUGAAUUAUUCUUAGUGUAGGAUUAAUAUAUUUUCUUAACUGCAGUGAGAUUGUUGUGUAAUCCAUUUUAAUUGUGCCAGUAGUUUUGAGGUAUAACCCUUUGCUUCCCCAUCACUGGUAACAAAGUGUCACACGGGGAGUGAAGACAGGUGUCCCUGGCGAGGUCCGUCAGCUGUUUGGGGGUUGGGCUUCGGGGGCUCAGCUGGGGCACCUAAAUGAAUAAGAUGAGAUUGAGGUAUUUGCAACCUCCACUUUCGCACAAGGGGUCUGCUCUUAACUGACUCUCCAGGCUCUCCGUCUUCUGCGUUGGUUGGCUAUGGCAUAGUUGGUUGUUUGUUUAUUGUUUAACGACGCACUCAGCAAUAUUCCAGCUAUGUAAAUAAUCGAGUCUGGACCAGACAAUGAUUAAUAUCAUGAGCAUCGAUCCACGCAAUUGGGAUCGACGACAUGC